AUGUACGAUUCGAUUGGGAUAUUUUUUCUAGGCGUCGUAGUUGUAGCUCAAGAUGUAAGUUUUUUCAGAACUCUAGGAUCUUUUGACUCAAAAGUAUAUUCAAUAUGAUUAUUUCAGUUCAACCCAUAUCCACCAAUCCAACCUCGAGUUUCAUCUGGCAAUUUCAUUCCACAGCCACCACAUCAACCAUACCCUAAUGUUGAUGUAAGUCUCUUCACAUUCCCAUUUAGAAUCUACAUAAAUUCAACAUAAUUUUUCAGAACACUGAUAGUUUAGACCUUUUUGGUCCUGAUGAAAUCGAACCACAAUUCAAAAAAGUAGUUGUUCCAAGUUUUCCGGAAACUGAAACUGUUCCUGUUCAACCAAUUGGCACAAUUCCACCACCUCAAAUUAUUCCAACAACUGCAGUUCCAGAUAAUUCCUAUGCUAUUAAUUAUUGUGAUAAGAAAGAGUUUCCAGACGAGACUUUAGCUGCUUAUGGUUUGGAAAGAGUUGAUUAUUUUAUCUAUAAUACAUCAUGUUCGCAUGUCUUUUUCCAAGUAAGAACAUUUUUUUGAUGAACUAGAAAUAGUCAAUUUUUUUAGUGUUCUAUCGGUCAAACUUUUAUGCUUCAAUGCACAUCGGCUGAUCAAGCAUUCGAUAAAUCUACAGAAAACUGUAAUUUUAGAAAUGCCGUCAAGUUUUGUCCAGAAUACGAUAAUGUUAUGCAUUGCAGUUAGUUCCAGAAAUUUCCCAGAAUUUUUUAUUGAAACAAUAAAAAUCCUUGCAGCCGUUCGUGAUACUUGUACAAAUAAUGAAUUUGCAUGCUGUGCACUUCCUCAAACAUGUAUUCAUUUGAGUAAAAGAUGUGAUGGACAUGCAGAUUGUGCUGACGGUGAAGACGAGAAUAAUUGUCGUGAGUUUUGUUUUUCGCUGACAUUUUUUAAAGAAAAGUUAAAUAUUGCAGCUUCAUGUGCUCGAGAUGAAUUUGCUUGUGUUAAAGACGGGCAUUGUAUUUCAGCAACAAAGAGGUAAAAGCUUGGGAUACUGUAGUUAUAAUUUCAUGAUUUGCGAGGUUAGGAAAUAUUAGUCUACAUACAUAAAAUAAGACACCAAGACAAUUUUUUUCUGAAAACAGUGAACAUUUUUUUAAACAAAAAUAUAUUCUGAAAAUUCAAUCUCAAGAAUUAAUUGAAACUUUAUCUGGAAAUUACAACCCAGAAUUUAGAUUCUCGAAAUAUAAAUUUAUAUUCUUGAAAAAAUAAUUAGAUUCUUGAAAUAUUCGACCAAACUUUAAAAUUGUACUGUUAAUAUCGCGAUCACAAAAAUUUCCAUACAAGUUGCCUUCUCAUAUUUCAAGCUAUCAUAAAUUUCAUUUCAAAAGUUCUUUUUUAUUUCAGAUGCGACGGAGUUGCUGAUGAUUGCGAAGAUGGAUCAAAUCUAGACGAAAUCGGUUGUAGUAAAAAUACAAGUGAGUUUGAAUUUUUCCCAAAUCACUCAUUGAAAUGAAUUUGUUUCUCUUAGCAUGUGUUGGAAAAUUCAUGUGUGAUAGUUCAAAAGGAGGUGUUUCUUGUGUUGAUUGGGAAUUCCAUUGUGAUGGAAAUCGAGAUUGUUUGAAUGGAGAAGAUGAGACGAAUUGUAGUGAGUUCUUUUUGUGAAUUUUUUUGAUAAAUUCAAAGUUUUUCUCGCAUUCAGAACAAGGCGAAAAGCAGCGAUAUCUUCUAUGCGAAAAUCAAAAACAAUCAGUAACUCGAGCUCAAUGGUGCAAUGGUGAACCGAAUUGUGCAGAUGGUUCGGAUGAAAAAUAUUGUUAUUGA